AAAGGACUUUAACAGUUUUUUUUUUAUUAAAAUUGCCUUAAUAUUUAUGAAUAUGGCGCAAAACAAUAAUUUAGCAGUUACAGCUCAAACAAAUGGGAUAAACCCUUUAGUUCCUCCAUUAACGCAUUCAGAUAUGAUUCUUCCGCCGUUAGAUAUUAGAGAAAUUGUAGAAAAAACAGCAAAUUAUGUUUCAAGAAAUGGGAUUGGAUUUGAGGAAAAGAUUAGAGAAAAAGAGAAGAAUAAUUCGAAAUUUUGUUUUUUAAAUCCGGCAGAUCCAUAUUAUAAGUAUUAUGAAUUUCGUCUUGAAGAAUGUAAGAAGGGGAAAUUUUUGUCACCAGUAGUGCGAGAUGAUUCUUCUAAAACAGCUAAAAAUGCAUCUAAAAAUGUUCCAGAUAAGGCGUCUUUUUUGGAGCCGCCUAAAUUUUAUUUUUCAGUUUCAUUACCUGCGAUUUCUGCAACAGAUUUGGAUAUAUUGAAGCUAACAGCUCAAUUUGUUGCGAGAAAUGGAAGGGAGUUUCAAACAACUCUUUCUCAAAGAGAAAGUAGGAAUUUUCAGUUUGAUUUUUUACGUCCAAAUCAUUCUCUUUUUCAAUAUUUUACAAAACUUGUUAAACAAUACACAAGGAUAUUAAUUCCACCUAAAAAUACAAAUAGUAUAUUGAAAAGGAAUAUAGAAAAUAAGUAUCAGUUAUUAGAAGUUAUUCGAAAAAGAGUUGCUUGGCAAAAAUAUCAAGAAGAACAACAAAAGUUAAAACAAGAGGAAGAGGAUCGUGAAAAAAUUGAAUAUGCUCAGAUUGAUUGGCAUGAUUUUGUCGUUGUAGAGACUAUUGAAUUUACAAAUGCUGAUGAUCAAAUGGAUUUACCUACUCCUAUUUCAUUGAAUGUUUUGCAAUCUGCAACUUUGGAACAAAAACAAAUGAUGACUAUGUAUCAGGAUUUUAAUACUCCUUCUGAGGAUAUUUCAUAUAAUGUUUCUCAGUCAUAUUCUACACAAAUUGAAAAGGCGCAGCCAACUCAUGAAGAAGAAGGUGUAGAAAUGGAUAUUGAAGCAGAUUCUGAUGAAGAAAAUGAAGCUAUUAAAGAAAGAAGAGAACAUCAAGCAAAAGUUCGUCUUGCACAACAACAAAGUAAAGCAAGUCUUCCUAUGAAGAUUCGUACAAAUUAUGUUCCAAAAGCCUUGAAAAAAAUGGAAAAUACUCUUAUUUGUCCUCAAUGUAAUCUUGCAAUUCCUUCUAAUGAACUUGAAGAACAUAUGCGUAUUGAAAUGUUAGACCCUAAAUGGAAAGAACAAAAGGCCAAAGCUGAUUCUAAAUUUGCUUCAAGUAAUUUAUAUCAAGAAGGUGCUGCUAGUAAUCUUAAGCGUAUGACUGCAAGUAUGUAUGACAUGCAAGGAAGUUCUAUGAGUAAAGAAGAAAUGGAAAGAUCAAAAAGACAACAACGUUAAAUAUCUUCAACAUUUUAUUUCUAAUAACAUAUUUAUAAGCAUAAUA